GGCCUGUGGGAGUGUUGAGGCUCACACACAGAUAUGAUUUGCCAUGCUGGAGCGUAGUGAGUGUGUGUGCACACAGACAGCUCGGCCUGCAGACUCCUCCACUGUGUGCCUGAUGGCUGAAAGGCUGCUGGUAUGUGUGUGUCCAAUUACAUCAAGGCUAUUUUUACCUCCAUCCUGGUGGAAGUUGUUGUUGUUGUCAUUUGGAGUAUUGUACUCGGAGAUAGCCUCGAACACUCUGAAGAAAAUGGCCGAAGCUCGAAGACGGUUCAUGAUCUGCUUUCUUACAGAUUUCAGCUCCACGAUCCGAUACCCAGUCAACACUGUUCUCAGCAGGAGGUCCUACACGCUGAUCGUGGAAGCCUUGGACUUCAACAAUGAAACCAGCGGUUCUGAUGGGAAGGUGAUCGAGAAAGCCUUUCACUCGGGGAUGAUCAACCCCAGCCCACACUGGCAGAAGCUGACCCACAACGGCCCCGUGGCCCAGUUCGAGUACCAGAUCCGGGUCAGCUGUGACGAGCACUACUACGGCUUCGGCUGCAACAAGUUCUGUCGGCCCCGGGACGAGUUCUUCGGGCACUACACGUGUGACUACAACGGGAACAAGACGUGUCUGGAGGGCUGGUCCGGACCUGACUGCAACACAGCAAUAUGUCGCCAAGGCUGCAGCACCGAGCACGGGUCCUGUAAGGAGCCUGGAGGAUGCAAGUGUCUGUACGGCUGGCAGGGACAGUACUGUGACAAGUGCAUCCCCCACCCCGGCUGUGUCCACGGCACCUGUGGGGAGCCGUGGCAGUGCCUGUGCGACACCAACUGGGGCGGCCAUCUUUGCGAUAAAGAUCUGAACUACUGCGGCACUCAUCAGCCGUGCCUGAACGGAGGGACGUGCAUCAACACGGGACCCGACAAGUACCAGUGCACCUGCGCUGAAGGUUACUCCGGAGCCAACUGUGAGAGAGGUGAGGGUCUGCGCCCGCAGGCGGGUCGUCAUGGAGACCGUUUGAUUGAUUUUGUUUUAGUUACUUGGGGUUUAUUGGAGCUGCAGAGAAUGCAAAGAGAGACUUCUUUUUUUCAAACAUCAAACGUUUGACUUUUAUCGUCCCUGAGGGCGAGAAGUGACUCGAUGUGGAGUCAGCUGACAUCACUGUUUAUAAAGCGUAAUAAAGAGACGGCGUGUAAACAGAGGACGACAUACCGAUCACGGCCACUAAUGACAUGUUUUGCACAUCACAAAUGUUCUGUUACACAAACCACACCACACACAACAAUGAUGAACGAUAACAGAUAAACACACCAUGAAGGUAUUACACAACACCCCGCCCCCCUCGCCCGCCCCCCCUCGCCCGCCCGCCGCUCUGCAUGGCCUGCCAGAGGCGCUGCACUUUAACUCCACAACGUGAGGAUGUGAGGUCGCUGCAUCACAACAGACUUCAUCCACUUUUCUUUGAUUUCCUGUUCGAGGAUAAAUCAUGGAAACAAAAACAACAACAUGUCGUCCCCUUUGCAGCGCUGCAGCAUCACUCAUCAGAUGUGUGGACAUGUGUUUGUGCCUCACACGCUGCGGUGGGCGGCUCUUUCACUCUUUGUCUACAUAAAGAUGGCGGUAUCGAUGAAGUCUCGUUGAGUAACCACGGUAACGAUCCGUCUGAACUCUUUAUUUAACAAAGUGAAACAUCUCCAAUCUUCUUGUUUUUAAACAUAAGAAACUCCAUAUCUCUCCCCCUUAAAUUAGAAUAAAUGAUCCCCCUGAUGGGGGGUCUCAAACUGGACUCAGAGGGGAGGGGUCUUUGGUUUCCGGAGCUUUCAGACAAAAGGUCAGAGGUCACCUGAGUUUGUAAUCAGAGGAGGUGGUAACUCGGCAAUAAUCUGUUUCCACUUCAGCGUGAGUGGCCCCCGAGUCAGGUAAUCCACCGGUUAGAUCCUUAGGGUGAGGAGGGGGG